AUGAUGUCAAAACGGAGAGUUCAGACGGUGCAGUUCGACCAGACUUCUGCAAUCCCGACCCCUUACGUCGUUCAUUUGUGCUCUUUGCUCGAAAUCGCGUGCCAACCAAACUCAGAGGUUAAAGGGAUUUCUUCGGUAGGGAAAAAGAAACGACUCGAUGACGAUGAUUUUGAUGAGAGGGAAGAAGAAGAGGAGGAGAGGAAAAAGUAUUACGACGCGGAAAACGCGUACGAGAGUUUAACCUUGAAGUUUCGAAAAAAAAUCGUUCGGUUCGUGACGAAAGAGGUUUUGAUGGAGAGAGGGAAGACGUCGUCGUCGAAUGGAUUGGUGUUGUGCGAACCAGAUUCGGAGGAGUUUUGGAGACGAGUGUAUCGGUUUUUUGUGCUUCCUUCUUCCUCCAAGAAGAAGAAGAAGACAAAGAAGAAGAGCGAAGAAGAAGAAGACGAAGAGAUGGAAGUGUCGAGAGCGAAUAAUAAUAAUGGUUACGAUGAAUACGAAGAAGAGUACGCUGAUGAUGAUGAUGAUGAUGAUGAUGAAACGAGAUGCGAUAAAGCGCAGCAAAUCGAGGAUUUCUUCCACGUGUUGCAAACGAAGGAGAAGUAUUUACUCGAGUCGGUUGACGAACUGGUGAGAAAAUUUGAACGUCUGCCGAGAUGUUUAGCGAGGGAGGCGAGAGAUUGUUUCGCGGUGUCGAGCGGUGAAGAUUUAGCGGUGAGGAAGAUUGAUCCGGAAAGUGUGUGCGGGAGGUUUUUACGACGACAGUUAGUUGAAUUUGAGCGCUUGUCGUUUGACGGCGUGUGCGAGUGUCACGAGAUGUUGAGAAGGUAUCGGGAGGAUUUCGAUGCGUUCGUGAACGCGGCGGCGGAAGAGAUGAACGGUGGAGAGAAAGGAGAAGUUACUUUUUUGCUGCACAGAACGUGCAAAGCGAACGAACGCGCGAUUGUGGACACGUUGGUGGAGAAGUGCGAACGAUUAGGGGUUAAGAAGAGUUCGGCGAAGGAAGAGGAAAGUAACGACGAGGAGGACGAAACGCUUCCGUUUGGCAUCGCUAUGGGUUUAGGAGGUAUUCUUGACCCGAGAGAGAAAGAUACCAGCACUAGAAAUACUAACAGUCGCAGCAAUAGUGGGAAUUCUGGUCUUCCGACGAAGAACAACAAGAGCGUAGGCGCGGUGCUUCGUAAAGUUUUAGCGGAACAUGAGAACACGGCGAUUCACAACAGGCAUCCGCGCGCGAGACACGUGGAGAGUUUAAAACAAAAAGAUGUCGUCAACGCUUUGUUCCAUUUACACAGACACUUUGAAAUAAACGGAGAUAUCCCCGCGGACGAGUCUGUUUUGUUGCACGAGUUGAUUAGCGCUGGCGGUGGAGGAAGUCGCAGCGCGCACUCCAUAACGCCCGUGUCGCAAUCUGGAAGACGAGCAGCGGAGGCUUUAAUUGCGCUCGGCGCAACGCACGCGCAGUUUCAACAUCGAAAAGAAACCGCGAGAGCGUUAGAAGAGGCGACGCGAAUCGCGCAGCAAUCUGGAGAUGAAGACGCAUUAGCGAAGGCGUUAGCGUUGAGUGGGCUUUUAGCCGAGUCGGAGUAUUUCGACGAUGACGACGACGACGUGGACGUAGACGAGGAUGAAGAUAGCGAUGAGGACGACGACGAGCCUUUCGAAGAAUAUUUAGACAACAUCAAACAACAACAACAACGACAACAACAACAACAAAAGUAUAGUUCCUCGACAUCCUCUUCGUUAUCUUCGUCUUCAUCAGUCUUGAAAAAAGCGAAGCGAUCUCGAACACUUUUACGUCGGUGUUUAAAGCUUGGAAGACAGUUGAAAAAUCCCGCGCUGGCGAGCUACGCCGAGUUGGCGUUAGCUAGACAAGUGGCGGCGUUUCCGAACGAUGCUGGAAGAGACCGCGUUAUGGAGGAACGCAGAGCGGCAUUAACGAGCAAAAACGCUGGCGUAGCGGCUGCAACGACGAAAGGUACCACCUCGUUCGUUUCCGCGCCUACAUCGACUCAAAUAUCUGCACCAGAAGUUGUUGAAAAAGCUAUUCAAAACGUCGAAGUUUUGUCGCAUAAAACAACGCUCGUUGCUUCCGCGCCAGCUACGAGAACGACCGCAGAACAUAUGCGCAAACAAGAGAUAAUUUUACGAGAAAAGGGCGCUUCGAAUAACCCGUCUUCCGGAAAUACCGGAGGUGCGAACGGCGGCGCGAAUACCACCGGACAACAACAAACGCAAGGCGGCGGUAACCAAUCGCUUGAUGCCAUCGCCGUCGCACAGGCGACGUCUUUGAUUCGAAUGAACGAAAUAUAUCCCGCUUCUUCAUCCACGAUGGCGUCUUCCUCAACAUCUGGUGGGAAAGUUACGCACACGUCUUUAGGCACCUUACAACGUUACGCCACUUUUGACACCGCCAAAGAAACGAAAAACGCCAUCAACUGUUUGCGCACGCCGGCGUUUUCGAUGCAAUCGACGACGUGGUCGACGCGAGGCGACGACGGGUUAGCGAGGGUUGCCACUUUGAAAGCAUUAUCCGAGGGUACUUUGAAAGAUGCUUCGCCCGUGGACGCCGCGCGAGCAUUUGCAGUUUUAUCGAAAUCCACGCAAAGGACGAGAGGUACCAAACGCGCGUUGAUGGAACUCGAAAAAGCGGAAUCGCGUUUGCGCGAACACGUGGAUGAUAACGAGGAAGUUUCGAGAGAGUUGAACGCGGCGAGAAUUUCGAUACUAUUCGACGAUGCUAUCGCACGGAACGAGUGUUUCGAAGCGAACGAGUGCAUGCGACAGAUGCACGCGUUGGUUCAUCCGAUUGGCGAGAAGACGGAUUCGAGUGCGGUAUUAGAGGCGAAUCGGGCGUUGGCUGAAAUUUACGCCAUGAACAGAAACUACGCAGAAUCAUUCGAAAGCUUUCUGAGAGGUGCAGAUAUUCUGACCUUCGCUUCCUCCCAACUCGAAAGCGAUUCGUCGAUGAAAAACGGAAAUAGCAGCGCGGACCCGAGAAACGCGAUGCACGUUUUGAAAUCGGAGUUGGGCGUCGCGGAGACGUUUAAGAAUUCGCAAAACUACGCGUUUGCAUUGUUGAGAGCGUUAGGAGUGGAUAAGCGCGCGACAGAUUUAGGCGUCGACCAGUACGCGUUGUUCGCGAAACUUAUCGUCGCGGAGUGUUUGAUUGAAUUGAAAGGCUCGCACGCGAACUUGGGCAAACUCUAUUUGGAGAAGUACUCGAGAGCGUUUUUAAGCUCGAACGAGCUGCGCUUACGAGCUCGGUUUCAUUUGAUCAACGCCAAAGCGUCUUUGGAAGUCAACAUCCAAGAUGAAACGGACGAGGAAAUGGAAGAAACGAUUGAAUCUAUCGUCGAUGACCUGAACCGUGCCUCUUUAUUCGGAGAAAAGCUCGGCAACAUCGACAUCGUCAAAGAAUCGCAAUAUUUACUCGCGCAGACGUACCAUUUCACGAACGAUGUUGAGAAUCGUAACGAGGCCUCCAGAGCGUUUCGCGAACUCAGUCAACAGUAUUACAAUCAUUAUUAA